AUGGUUCAUGUUCAAUUAGGUUUAUUUUCGCAAUUGCUAGCAUACGCAGCUUUCGGUCUUUUUUUCCAAGGAACAUAUGCUUUGGAGAAGCCUUGGAAGGCAUGCCCAAACUACAAGGUAUUUUCGGAAAAAAGACACUUUCCAGCUGAAGGUUCUUUAAAGUUGCCGUUGCAAAGACCUGUUCACGCUUGUAGAACAUUCCACUCAGAUGUUGUGGAAAACAAAAUCCUUGAAGUGAAAGACGCACUUGGUGAUACUGAUUUGGCUCGUUUGUUCGAGAACUGUUUCCCCAACACCCUUGAUACGACGAUUCGUUGGCACUCGCCCGAGAAAGAUGAUCCGCAGACGCUGGUUAUUACGGGCGACAUUCCUGCAGAAUGGUUGCGUGACUCUGCUCAUCAGCUUGCACCUUACCAUGCUUUGGCACCGAAGGACAAGCAACUGGCGAUGCUGCUUCUAGGUGCCAUCCAAACACAGUCUGAAAUGAUUAUCCAAUUUCCUUACUGCAAUGCCUUCCAACCCCCCAAGAAAAGUUAUAUUCAUGGCGAAGACAAUGGCCAAAGCGACGUUGUUACCCCUUCGUACGAUCCGCUGGUCGUCUUCGAAUGUAAAUACGAGCUCGAUUCACUCGCUUCCUUCUUACGACUUUCCUACAAGUACUGGAAGGCUACUUCAGAUAACCGUAUAUUUACCACAAAAUGGCUUGCAGCCGUAGAAGUCAUAUAUACGGUACUCGAACAGCAGUCCAUUUCGACGUUCAAUGAAGAAACCGGCCUGCCCAGAAACCCUGUCUACUCCUUCCGCAGAAGAACUGACGCGGGAACGGAAACCCUUGCACUGUCUGGACGAGGAUUCCCUGUCCAAGGAAAUGGCACACUUAUCCGCAGUGCUUUUCGACCCUCAGAUGACGCCUGCACGCUUCAAUAUCUCAUUCCUUCAAACGCAAUGAUGGCCGUGGAACUGGGACAUCUUCAGGAGAUGCUCUCGGCUAAUGGCAAGCAUUCUCUUGCUCAAGCUGCACAGUCUUGGACGAAGAAAAUCCGCGAAGGCAUUGAGAAGUAUGGCAUCGUCGAACAUCCAGUGUUCGGACGUGUGUAUGCCUACGAGGUAGAUGCGUACGGAAGCGCAAUCUUUAUGGACGAUGCUAAUAUCCCUUCGCUUUUGUCGCUCCCCUACUUGGGGUUCGUAGAGCGCGACGAUUCUGUUUACCUCAACACACGCAAAAUGGUUCUCUCCCCACAAGGAAACCCUUUCUUCCUGAAGGGCCGCCUGAUUCAGGGCAUCGGCGGUCCGCAUGUGGGUCUGCGCAAUGUAUGGCCAAUGAGUCUUAUGAUUCAAGCCAUUACAUCUGACAACGACACUGAAAUUUCAGAACUGCUGAACAUUAUCAAGCGCUCUACCAAUGGUCUUGGCCUUAUGCACGAGACCGUCGACGUAAGCAACUUUUCUCUCUACACCCGGCCAUGGUUCUCUUGGGCGAACUCUUUGUUUUCAGAGCUCAUCAUGGACCUGCUUGAGCGAAAGCCUCAUCUUGUCAAGAAGAAGUCUGCCUAA